AGCUACUCCAGUGUUUAAAAGCCUGAGCUAGCAGUUGGUGUGAGAGCCUGCAAGAGAGCAGAGUCCAGGCAGGUUUCUGAGGUGUCCUGCUCUGCUGAAAACCCAGAGAAGAGCUGCCACCUUCAGAGCCACCAUGGGAGAGAAUGCUGAUGGUGACCAGGUCAUGGAGAAACUGCUUCAGCUGAGAUGUCACUUCACAUGGAAGCUGCAAUUUGAAGAUAAUGACAUACCUGAUUUGGAAGUGAGAAUCUCAGAGCAGGUCCAGUUCCUUGACAUCAAGAACCCAUUGGGGAUGUACAACCUCCGGGCUUAUGUGAGACAUCUGAAAGGCCAGCAAGAAGAAGCCCUGCAGAGCUUGAAAGAAGCUGAAGACUUGAUCCAGAGAGAGCAGUUGGGCAAGAGAAGCCUGGUGACCUGGGGCAACUGUGCCUGGGUGCAUUACCACAGGGGCAGCUUGGCAGAAGCCCAGGUCUACCUGGACAAGGUGGAGAAGGUUUGCAAGGAAUUUGCAAGUCCCUUUCCCUACAGGCUGGAGGGUGCUGAGAUGGACUGUGAGGAAGGCUGGGCCUUGCUGAAGUGUGGAGGAAAAAAUUAUAAACGAGCCCUGGCCUGCUUUGCAAAGGCUCUGGAAAGGGAACCUGAAAACCCUGAGUUCAACACUGGCUAUGCAGUCGUAGCCUACCGCGAAGAUGUAGAUGACAACUUUAUAUCUCUAGAACCCUUAAGGAAGGCUGUCAGGUUAAAUCCAGAAGAUCCAUACAUUAAAGUUCUCCUUGCCCUAAAGCUUCAGGAUGUAGGAGAACAUGGUGAAGCAGAAGCACACAUUGAAGAAGCCCUCAGCAGCACAUCUUGCCAAAGUUAUGUCUUUCGCUAUGCAGCCAAAUAUUUCCGUAGGAAAAAAUGCAUAGACAAAGCUCUAAAUCUUCUACGGCAGGCUUUGCAGGCAUCACCUUCCUCUGGCUAUCUACAUUAUCAAAUAGGGCUCUGCUACAAGCAACAAAUGUUCCAACUGAAGACAUCCAGAAACAGGCAGCCCAGAAGGCAGGACAAUGUGCAGGAAUUAGCACAACAGGCCAUUUUUGAAUUUCAAGAGACUUUGAAACUGAGGCCCACAUUUGAGAUGGCUUAUGUUUGCCUGGCUGAAGUGCAGGCAGAAAUUCACCAAUAUGAAGAAGCAGAGGAAAAUUUCCAGAAGGCACUGAAUAGCAAGAACCUGGUGGCUCACAUAGAGCAGGAUAUUCACUUCCGCUAUGGCUGUUUCCAACAAUUUCAUAAGAAGUCAGAAGACAAGGCAAUUACCCACUACUUAAAAGGUCUAAAAGUAGAAGAGAAGUCCUUUGCCUGGAGGAAACUACUCUCGGCUUUAGCGAAAGUGGCUGAAAGACGCAUUUACCGGAAUGUUCAUCUUGUGGAGAGCACCAGCCUUCUUGGGCUAGUCUACAAACUGAAAGGGCAAGAGAAGAAGGCCCUGCUUUACUAUGAGAAGGCCCUGAGGCUCUCUGGGGUCAUGAAUCCUGCCUUUUGAUUGCAGUUUACAUCUAUGAAGUUAACUAAGUGUUCCAGUGCCCCUUCCUGAUUUCUUUUUCCAGGUCUGCUUUUGGCUUUUUUUUUUUCUGAAAUGCCAAGUAGCUAAGUACAUUUUCUCCUGCGACUUCUUUCUGGUGUCUCAUGAUCCUAUCUAGAAGACACUUCCAUCCCUAGGACACCUACUCACUUGAAGAUCAGGACUGAUUCCUGCUGUUCUGGGCUCCUGUGAGCUGUAGAAUCACAGAACCUUUUCCUUAUGUCUAUGUAUUUGCAGU